AUGGCAUAUGGGCAAGACUGGAGGAACCUGAGAAAGCACAGCCACGCACUUCUCAACUUGAAUGCUUCGAAGAGAUACAUGCCAUCGCAAGAUCUGGAGUCCAAAGUGGUGCUUCACGAUCUACUAGAUCAGCCCGAUGAGUUUUACACCAUCAAUCGACGCUACUCUACCUCUGUUAUCAUGCUAGCCACCUAUGGGUAUCGCAUCCCUUCCUUCCAAGACCCUAUUAUCUCCAAGAUCUUCAGUGUUCUGGAGAAUCUUUCCAUCAUGAUGGCUCCUGGUGCCUUCGCGGUCGAGAGUUUACCCGGCCUCGCUAAUCUUCCCGAGUUUCUCUUGGGAAACUGGCGCACCUGGGGCAAGAAAGCAUUUGCCCACGACAGCAAGAUCUGGCUGGAGCUUUGGGAGGCUUUAAAGAAGACAACGGACGACGGCACUGCCAAAGACUGCUUCUGCAAGGACUUUUACCUUGGUGAUCCUAAAAAGAAUGGCAUCGACGACUUGCUCGCCGCAUAUACCUGCGGUGGCCUUGUUGAGGCUGGUUCCGAAACAACAGCUACGACUAUAAACAAUUGGACGCUGGCUAUGACUCUUUUCCCCGAAACAAUGCGGAAGGGCCAGGAAGAAAUUGACCGUGUCGUCGGAAGCGACCGAAUGCCCACAUGGGAAGAUGAGAAAGAUCUCCCUUACGUUCGAGCGAUGAUUAAAGAAACCUUACGAUGGCGUCCAGUCAACAAAUUUGGGAUGUAUCACGCUUCAACCGAGGACGACUGGUACGAAGGACACUUCAUCCCGAAGGACUCUGUAGUCGUCCUGAAUUGGUGGGCUAUCCAGCGCGAUCCAAGCCGCUACGAAAAUGCCGAUGAAUACGAUCCAUCUCGGUUUCUCAAUAGUCCACUCUCUGCAGCGGAGUACAUGAACUCGCAGGAUCCAUAUGACCGCGAUCACUUUUCCUAUGACGUGCGUGUCCUGGAGUCCAUCUAG